UGCAAGCGUCACUUGGCGGCGUGUCGGGUUUCGGCAUUUUUAACAAACUUACCGUAAAGCGCAUCAAAAUAUUGUUUUGUUUGUGAGUAAUAUGUCGUAUCAAUCUAGUGUAGCGCAGGAUACAUUGUCUGCAGCACAACUAGAGAUGGCCGGUAACCCCAAUGCAUUGGCUCUGCGUCGGCCAUUCGAUCCUGUAGCUCAUGACUUGGAAGCCAGUUUUCGCUUGACGAGAUUCGCCGAUUUAAAAGGAAGAAGCUGUAAAGUGCCACAAGAUGUUCUAUCUAAACUUGUUGAAUCACUGCAACAAGACUAUUCUCAGCAAGAUCAGGACCAGUUUAUGCAUGUGGCUAUUCCGCGCAUCGGUAUCGGUUUGGAUUGUUCGGUGACCCCGCUUAGACAUGGUGGGCUCUGUUUGGUGCAAACUACUGACUUUUUCUAUCCCUUAGUUGACGAUCCCUAUAUGAUGGGUAAGAUCGCGUGUGCCAAUGUUCUUAGCGACUUAUACGCGAUGGGUGUGACUGAAUGUGACAAUAUGUUGAUGUUGCUCGGAGUGUCCACUAAGAUGACUGAAAAGGAACGUGAUGUAGUGAUUCCUCUCAUUAUGAGAGGAUUCAAAGAUUCUGCGUUAGAAGCAGGGACAUCUGUCACUGGUGGUCAAACUGUAAUCAACCCCUGGUGCACUAUUGGGGGAGUCGCCACAACUAUCUGUCAACCUAAUGAAUACAUUGUGCCAGAUAAUGCGGUAAUGGGAGAUGUACUAGUGCUGACAAAACCUUUGGGUACCCAAGUUGCAGUCAAUGCCCAUCAAUGGCUUGAUCAACCUGAACGUUGGAACAGAAUUAAGUUAGUAGUGUCAGAAGAAGAUGUCCGAAAAGCAUAUCACCGUGCAAUGGAUUCUAUGAGCAGACUUAAUCGGAUUGCAGCUCGACUUAUGCAUAAGUAUAAUGCCCAUGGUUCUACUGACGUCACUGGAUUUGGUCUUCUAGGACAUGCUCAAAAUCUUGCUUCCCAUCAAAAGAAUGAAGUAUCAUUUGUUAUUCAUAAUUUACCGGUCAUUGCAAAGAUGGCGGCUGUAGCUAAAGCAUGUGGAAAUAUGUUCCAACUAUUACAAGGCCACGCACCAGAAACUUCUGGAGGACUUUUAAUUUGCUUGCCUCGUGAACAGGCUGCUGCAUAUUGUAAGGACAUUGAAAAGCAAGAAGGAUAUCAGGCUUGGAUUAUUGGAAUUGUGGAGAAAGGCAAUCGCACUGCUAGAAUUAUUGACAAACCUCGAGUCAUUGAAGUGCCAGCUAAAGAUUAAAUUAUAUUCAUAUGAAAUUGAGACAUUUACAAUAAUAAUAGUUUAAAGUUAUUUCAGAGCUGGAUAAAUCCUUAAUUUUAUUUUAAAACGGUUUGAUCAUUUUCUUAACUAUUGUAUCAAAAUGGUAUUUUUUUUUUACAAUUUACUGCCAUUGUGUGUUUAAUAAAAUGGCUAAAUGGAAUUUUUUAAACAUUGUUGAAAGAAAACUAGCUUGUUCUAGUAAUUUGGUGUUUUAGAUAUAUAAGUAAGAUAUCACUAUUAACUAUAAGGAAAAAAUAUUCCAUUAGGUACCCUUUACAAUCCGACAUUGUGGCUUGUGGAUUGAUUCUGCAAAUUGUGAAAUAAGUAUAAUUGAUUAGAAUAAAAUUAUUUUUCAUUCAA